CACACACACACACACACACUCACUCACACACACUGUACAGACACCAGCCGCUCUCCGAUCUCACACACACUGCAAAGAACACUAGUCGCCCUGUCAACAUGUUUCUGCUCGGAUUCAGCCUGUGCCUGGCCGUUGUCCACGGAAUCGUCCCCGAGAUAUCUAAAACAGAUAUGGACAUCAUUGCAAACAUGGAAACAAAUGUAGAAGAAGGGCAAACGACACUGAACGAUAUGUUUAAAGAGGCGGAGGAACUGAUGGAGGACACGCAGCAGAAGCUGGAGGACGCGGUGCAUCAGACGGACAAUGAGACAGCAAAAUCCAGCCUCCAUCCACACAAUGUCUCUUCAAAUUUCCAAAAUUACAGCAGUAUUGAAAUUAUAGCUGGGAAUCAAUCCAUUUAUAUCGCUGAGAGAAUCAAUAAGACAAUUGACAAUUCAACCGAAGAGACAAACAACUUGACAACCAUACAGCCCAGAGACAAAGAGAACAGCAUUAAUCACGAGUGUAUUAUUGAUGAAGACUGUGAGAAGGGCAGCUACUGUCUUUACGGAACGCAGAGCUCAAAGUGUCUGCCCUGCAAACACACUGAUGCGACGUGCACCAAAGAUGAGGAAUGCUGUGCGGGACAGCUGUGUGUUUGGGGUCAGUGUGCGAACAGCUCAAAGGGAGAAGCAGGAACCAUCUGUCAGUACCAGAACAACUGUAAGGAGGAGUUCUGCUGUGCCUUCCAUAAAGCCCUGCUGUUGCCAGUGUGCAUCUCUAAGCCAAUAGAACGCGAGCGCUGCAUCAUUUCAGCCAAUCACCUGAUGGAGCUGCUGUCAUGGGAUAUGAAGGGGGACGGUCCUCAAGAACACUGCCCAUGUGCCGGUGAUCUGCAGUGCCAACAUCUUGGACGAGGUGCGCUGUGUCUGAAGAGUGAGAACUCCAGCGAGGAGGAGCUCACUGACACCCUCUACUCUGAGAUCGACUACAUCGUAUAGUGAGACUCGGCCUGUUUGACAGACAGAUGAAGAGAAGCUGCUGAAACGGACAUGAACGCUUCAUCACUCCAAAGCUUUGUAGGAAACGCCUUCAUUAUAAUCACCAAAAGCAGCUGUGAAAGUGCAGCAGAAGGCCUGAAUCUAAAGACCGUUCGCACUGACGGCGAUUUGAAACCAUCAAGCUGCCUCAAAGUCAUUCAUUUCCGAAGAAAGCUGGCGAGUCGAGGGGACAUGAGCGAUGGAGAAAAGUGAACUUUAACGAGUUUGAAUGCAAAAGUCACACGAGAGAUACUGUAGUUCCCUGCGACUUUGAUUCACACACUUUUUCUUCCAUAAGAUGAUUUGUUUAAAUGGAUUCGUGAUCAGAUUUUCAAAGCUAUGUUGCAUCAGGCAGCCCGGGGCAGAUCAUAUCGCUGUCAGUGUGAACAGUCUUCAAGCUCAACUGUGGCUUCCGAGCACUGGAAAGAAGCUCUUAUUAAUCAAAUACAGUAUUAAUGCUUUAAGAAUACAUCAGGCAGAAAAAUGUAAAGAGGAAAUCUCCGUUGAGAGCUAAUCCAUCUUAGUGUAGCACCUAUACAAGAAACCUCCUGUAAUUCAACCAGGUAAUAAACAAAAACUUGCUCCAGAAAAACAUGUUGUAUAUAUCCUUUCUUAUGUAUAAUAUGAACCCAAGUUUUGAAUUUUGUGCCACUUAUAUUAGUUGUAAUUAUUUUUAGAGUUAAAAGGUGUGGUCACAUUUUACUGUCGUUUGCCGAAUUAUUUACAGGAAAAAUUUGGAACAAGAGUGAAAGAUCUCCUCAUGCGUUCAAGAUGGCCGUGUGAGUUUGCUGUACUGACCAAUAAAUAAAAAAAGCAACUCCGUUUCUGUGAAGGUUUUUUGCCCACAAACAUUUGCCUAAACACUGCCAAUGUGACUUCACCUUAGAAACGUGUUUAAAAUGUAAAUGUCAUUUGGCAAUUUUACAACAGGAAGAAAUUCUACAGGAUUUCCCCUAGCACACUUCGCAAUGGGUUUAAGUUAAUCGUGUGGAUCAGUCCGCUGCCCAACAGAGAGCCUCUCAGAGUGUAUUCGCACCAGGAAUGCUAGUCUGCUAGUUCACUUGCUUUAGUCCGGAUCAAAUACAAUGUUGAUUUGUUGAUUGAUUGGUUCAUCCAUUCGACCAUACCAGAGUUCGUUUGGAAGCAUAUCCAUCUUCAUCUGGGUCUGGAUACGGUUGUUUGGUGCUCACCAGAGUGAGAUUACUCUAUUCAAACCUGCUUAAAAGAUCCGCACGAAAGGGGCAAGAGGAGUUUGUUUCAAAUAGAACCUAACCUAAGACAAUUGUGAACACACCAUUAGUUUGACAAUGACUUCUUUUUGAGCUGUGCUUUAUAUAUAGCUAUACUUAAUGCUCAUUUUUCGCAUGAAAUGUGACGUCACCUUAAGACCACGCAAACACCACGUGCACUUGAGAAAUUACCAUAUUCGAAUGAACCAUUUCUGCAGCUUCACCCAAAAUUUGAAUUCGUUACUCACCCCCAAGUUGUUCAGAAGAUGUAUGAAUUUCUUCUGCUGAACAUAAAAAAAUAUUCCUAGACAUGGCAUCCACUAACAUCCAUGCUAUUUCUUAUACUAUGAAAGUCGAUGGCUACUGUUUGGUAACCAACAUUCUUCAAAAUACCUUUUCACGUUCAACAGAAGAAAACCUCAUAUGUUUGGAAAAACAUCAAUUUGUUCCUUAACCCCAUACAAUAGCAGACUCUUCUUUAAAAUACGGGUUCUUCAUAUACGUCAACCUGGAAGCAGGCAGACAGAGAUUGAUUGUUGCUUUUUAUUUCAGUAUUGGCAUGUCUACUGUGAACAGCUUGUGGCAGCAUUAGGAGCCCAGAAACCCGCAGAGGUUGGGUCGAGCUCCGACGCUGGCGCUCCUCCAGCGGGGCGUUCGCACCCACCACUUUCCAGCUACGCGAAAAACAGCAGCGAGAAGCAUUUCCACGCAUGCACACACGCAAACCUGCCACAUCCGAACCCACAGGCUCUGUUCACAUUGUGCAGAAAUAAAAAAAAAAAAAAAAAAAAAAAAAAAAAAAAA